AGCAGGCUGGGGGAGGGGAGCGGGAGUCAGACUGCUGUGGGAGGCUGGGUAGUAAAACGCAAAAGGACUGACAAGGCGCCACUACAGCCCCUCUUUGCUUGCAUUUACCUCCUCAAACUUCUGAGUCGCGACUUCCAGCGCAGGAUGUGGUACCAUAAGUUGUUGCACCAACAAAGCAGGCUCCAGAAUUUGAUGAAGAGAGGAAACAUAGCUCAAGGUCUUCAUCUGUCCAACUUUAAAAGUUUAUUUUCAUUAUCCAUCCAUUGGUGCCAUACAACUUCCAAGUCUGUGAACUGUACUUGGCACCAACAUGAAGAUCAUUUGGAACUGCAAUAUGCUGGCACUGUGAUGCGCUUUGAUUAUGUCUGGCUUCGAGACCACUGCCGCUCAGCAUCAUGCUAUAAUUCUAAGACUCACCAGCGGAGCCUGGACACUGCCAGUGUGGAUUUAUGUAUUAAGCCAAAGACAGUUCAUCUGGAUGAAACUAUGCUCUUUUUCACUUGGCCAGAUGGUCAUGUGACUAGAUAUGAUCUGGAUUGGCUGGUGAAAAACAGUUAUGAAGGGCAGAAACAAAAGGUUAUCCAACCUAGAAUAUUAUGGAAUUCUAAACUCUACCAGCAAGCCCAAGUUCCAUCUGUUGAUUUCCAGUGUUUUUUAGAAACAAAUGAAGGGUUGAAGCAGUUUCUGCAGAACUUUCUGCUGUAUGGAAUUGCAUUUAUAGAAAAUGUCCCUCCCACUCAAGAGCAUACAGAAAAAUUGGCAGAAAGGAUCAGCUUAAUCAGAGAGACCAUCUAUGGAAGGAUGUGGUAUUUCACUUCAGAUUUUUCCAGAGGUGACACUGCAUACACCAAACUAGCUCUAGAUCGGCAUACUGACACUACCUACUUUCAAGAGCCCUGUGGCAUUCAAGUAUUUCAUUGUCUUAAGCAUGAAGGAACAGGUGGUAGAACACUCUUAGUGGAUGGAUUCUAUGCAGCACAACAAGUACUUCAAAAAGCACCUGAGGAAUUUGAACUCCUCAGCAAAGUACCAUUGAAGCAUGAAUAUAUUGAAAAUGUUGGACAAUGUCACAAUCACAUGAUUGGGGUUGGGCCCAUCUUAAAUAUCUACCCAUGGAAUAAAGAGCUGUAUUUAAUCAGGUACAACAACUAUGACAGGGCUGUCAUCAACACUGUGCCUUAUGAUGUUGUCCAUCGUUGGUAUGCAGCACACCGAACCCUAACAACUGAAUUGAGAAGGCCUGAGAAUGAGCUUUGGGUCAAAUUGAAGCCUGGAAAGGUACUAAUUAUAGACAACUGGCGAGUACUUCAUGGCAGGGAAUCAUUCACUGGCUACCGUCAACUCUGUGGCUGCUAUUUAACUAGAGAUGAUGUAUUGAAUACUGCUCGUCUCCUGGGUCUUCAUGCAUAAAAUCGAAAGUGCUAGGAUUAUGAAUACACUUGGCAUCCUCCUACCAGAAUUUUAUAUCAACAGAAUAAUAUUGUGUUAAAAUUUG